AUGGCUCCGAAUGUGAUUGUUAAUUUACCUAUACGUAUUACUGUUAUCAUAGAAGGUCUACUUGGUACAAUAUUCAAUAGUGCAGCGAUAAUUAUUGUUUUCAAAACUCAAUUCGGCUCUAAAUUAACUACAUGUAUGUUGAGAGCUCAACCAAUAUUUGAUUUUUGUGCAUGUUUUUUUACAGCUAUCUAUUAUAUAAUUCAAUGUACUGACCGUUAUAACGAACUGACAGGAUUAUACAUAAUUGAUUUAGUAAUAUGUCAUACAUGGUUUAGAAAUGCCUACUUUUGGUUAUCAUGUACAUUUAGUGUACAAAAUUUAGUUUGCAUAUCAGUGGAUCGAGUGAGCUCUGUUAUAUUUCCUAGAUUAUAUAAAACACAUUCAUGUCAAUUUACGGUUACAUAUUUCGCUUAUAUGAUUUUAAUGUCAUUAUUUCUAUAUAUGCCGGCACCGAUACUUCGUCGUUAUAUGAGUGAUCAUUGUGAAAUGGAUUUUACAUUCACUUGGGUUGAAACAAGUUUAUUUCUUGAUAUUAUGGUAUAUUCAUGGAUUAUGUUCGCUUAUUUUAUACCAGUUCUAGUGAUGUUAAUCAGUCAUAUAUGGGUAAUACAUAUUAUUAGAAAAUUUCAUUCAUCUCGCCAUACUUGUAUAUCUCGUAAAAAUGAAUCAACUUCAUAUAUUAGGCGUAAAAUAAGUCAGUUAGUUAUAACGACAGCAAUUUUAUCAGGUCAACUCGCAUUACUGCAUUCAUAUGAGUCUAUACGUCAAAUAUUAAUUGCAAAUAAAAUUAUGGUUUAUAACUAUCAAUCAAUAACUGGACAUUUAGGUCCUAUAUUAAUAUUAUUAGGUUGUGUUUUAAAUCCAUGUGUACUUAUACUUACUACAGCUACCAUAAGAAGACGUUUAUCGAUAUCAAUAAGAGUUUUUACAGAAAAGAUGAGUAUUACUGGAAAAAAGGAUAGAUCUUCAAGUUGA